AUGGGCGAUAUCGAGGUCAUCAAUGCCAUAGAGCAGGACUACAGGUUGCCCCCCCCGAUGGACUGUCCUAAUGCCCUGCAUCAGCUGAUGUUAGAUUGCUGGCAAAAAGACCGCAACAACCGGCCCAAAUUCAGCCAGAUUGUCAGCACCCUGGACAAGAUGAUCCGCAACCCCAACAGCCUGAAGGCCACCACACCGCUGUCAUCAAGUGUUCACUUACCUCUGCUGGACCGCUCCACUCCAGACUUCUCCUCUUUCAGCACAGUGGAUGAGUGGCUGGAGGCCAUAAAGAUGGGCCUGUACAAGGAGAACUUUGCAAACGAAAGCUUCACCACCUUUGAACUGGUGUCGCAAAUGACCAUGGAGGACAUCUUCAGAGUGGGAGUGACACUGGUUGGUCACCAGAAGAAGAUCCUCAACAGCAUCCAGUCCAUGAGGGCCCAGAUGAACCAGAUCACCUCAGUGGAGGUGUGAUGUUGCAGAGGAAGCCUACCUGCAACCAUCGAGGACACUUUCAGUGACUUUAUCCCACACACACUAACACACACCACCAGCACUAGGAGUGUUCUUGUAGCUGCUGUAUGUUCAGCUAACAUGCAGGCCUUUGUGUUGUGGAGGACCAUACCCACAGCCCGCUUCAAAUACUCCGUGUACUUCACAGGACUCCUUGUGUUUAUUCUAAUAAUAACACACCAAGUUCAACCAUCAGUGAGCAAUCAGUUUCCAAAACUGGCAUUGCACUUACAUGACUCACUGCUGGAAAUUAAAAUGAACAAAAGUGAAAAACAGUGACAACUAAACUCAACCUACCUUAUGUGCUCAUAGCUGGCAGGCAGCACCUAUUUCUUUCUGAUGCAGAAUUUCUUACGGCUCUUACUGAGAGCAGCUCUGACUGAUGGCUCUGAAACAGUAACGCUGGUCUUCCACGUUUUCUAUGAGCGGCCCCUGGGCACAGUGCUGGGACCCUUAAUGGCUGGCUGUUUUAAAGGCAUUUUGACUGGAAUGCAAAAAUGCACACAUGGUUCAACCAGUGUACGCACAUUCAUUCACAGGAAAGGAUGCGCCCACACACUAGUUAUUGUAUCUGAUGUGAAACGUCAUCUCUCCUCUGGUCCAGUCUGCAGCGGCACUGUGAACACAUCUACCAGACGCUCUGCUUCUGAAGCAGCUCUGGGAUCUGUGGGGGAAAACAUACUUGUCAUUAGCAGUAGUAACUUCAGAUGGCACAUAACAACAGCACUUCAUUCAUAGUAACCGUACCCACAGAUACCCACAGUUGAUUGGCCUAUUUCCUCACCUCCACACACUCUGCCAUCAAUAGUCGAAUUCUCUAUUUCCAAACAUUAUAAGAUAUCUAGAAAUACUAAAUGUAUAAAUAAAUCAAACAAUAGUUCAAAUACACAUGGGUUCAUGGCAGUGACCAAACAAUAUCCAGCACCAUGAAGGCAGAUUAUUGCACUCUGGUGAAGCUGCAUUUCCAGCGCAUGCAGCAGCUCUACUAGACUCGCCCCCCUCACACGAUAUAGGUUUCCACUGCAUACGGCCCUCAGUGAAGGGUCAGCUGACACUGCCUGACAGCUCUAAGUCAACGGGACUGAAUUUCUUCCAUAUUCACCAGGAACGUCUGCACUUGCUCUAUUGGACGUUGCAGUUUAAGGCAUAGUUUUACCAGCCUGUUUUACAUUUGGUUCCAUUGAAAAAAAAGCAAUCCCUGUUGACAGUAGGUUGGCUAAUUAGAAACGUCUGGUUGGUGCAGGAUGUCCAUUGACACGCUAGUCAGUGGUCUGCAGUUUGGCCUCCACCUUAUCCAUUCAGCUCUCUGGGAUCUUCUAUUGGGGGGUACUACUCAAGUCUUCAUGAGUCCAGUAGAGCCGCAACAUGUGGUGGAAUUGGGCCAUAGGAAAAUUAAACUUGGGUUGUGUGCAAAGUUAAAGUUAAGAAGUCUGCAGUUCUUGUCAUGUGUCAUUGCUGCUCAGGCAGGGGCUGUGUUAGGUGUCGUUUUCAUUUGCUCCACAUCUGGGAUGAGGUGAAGAGAUAUGCCCUUUAAAAGGGCUCUUCAAAAAAUCACCUCAUAUUUCAAUCUCUGAAGUUGGAUAUGAUGUUUAACUUUUGUAGUUUGACUUUACAAAUGGUUCCCUCAAUGUAGUUUGAGCUGCUCGUCUAAAAUUACCAUUAAUGUCAUGAACAGUGAUAUUUAAAAGCCACUUUGUUGAUAGGGUUCUAAUCAUUUUACCAAACCAACAUUUUAAACCUUGAAAUACACCUGAGCCCCCUGAAAUGGACCAUAUGCAAAUGUUGACUAGACCCAAUCUGUCUGUCAUUCCCUCUGAUUGACCUUCCCAUGUCCAGUGAGUAGGGACAGUCUGAGUCAGGAAACAGUUCACUCAAAUCAAAGUCUUCUCAGUGCUGCAGGUGUGUUUUGGAGUUUCAGAUACUAUGCUUCCUAUUUUCAGGCAUUUCUAGAAGAAUCACAGUCAUCAUCUUAUACAUAUCAAAAUGCUUUGCUUUAUUUUGGCUUAGACCCCAACAAACAGCUGUCUGAUGUUUAUCACAGUACAGUUACCCCGCCAACACUGAUGUGUUUUGAGUGUUUUAAUAUCGAAAUAUCUCCAAAUUCCAAAGUUAUCUCCCAGCUCAUUGUGCUGUGCUUUUAAAUGUACACAGGUUGUACACAAAUGCAUCGGUAUGAUAUAAUAUAUUACCAUAUAUUGCCGUUAUUACGAGAGCUGUAUUCCACCUAAUGCUCAUAUUGUUAAUGUCAGCUUAUUUCUGAUGAAAGACGAACUUAAGGACAGAUAUCUGAGCUGAAUCACUUGCUUCAUCACAAUCAUCACAAAGCCCAUUCUUCACUUGGAAUACCACCACUCACAAUAUCUGAAUUUCUGAUCUCACAAUUACAAUAAUCUUGUGAUUAAGAGAAAUAUUUUGUAUUUUAAAUUAGAUUACAGAUAUGGGCCUUUUCAAGAUUUUCCUCAAUUGAAACAACAACGUUGUUUGUCAGAAGUACCCAUCACUGUUACAAUCCAUAUGACUCCUGGCCGCUGAGGGGAGGGUUUGUCGCAGUACUUAUAAUACCAUCAUUGUAUUAGAGCUGCAAAAAGAGGCUGUGUUAUGCAUGUUAAUAAACAGCUCAUGCUGUCCUUUUACAUUUGGGAAGAAGAAGGCAUUUUGAUCUCCUUCCAAAUGAGUGUUGAUCCUCCCAGGUGUUCAGUAGGACAUUCAUGUCCUGUCCUCACUUGUCCCCAUUAAACAUGGGCCCUUUCACGCCGAUCAUCUGUCCUGUACAUAUUCUCCAAAGGUGCAUAUUCCCUUUAUGGUUAGAAGGAUCCAGCCAUGUGAGAUGCUGAUACUGUACCAACACGCUUUCUAAAACCAUCCUAAGGGAACCUGUUUUUAGACUUCACAGAGACAGUACCUCUCAGAACUCUAUUUUGUUGUUUUUUUAAAAAGUCAACUUUUGAUAAUGGCACUUUUUAUAAACCGAAGGCGGUUACGACAAUAAUUUAUACUUCACAGCAUUGAGAAAAUUAUUCUUACCUUAGGUCAUGUGAUGUCUGAGUGAUUAUUUUUGGUAUCAGGACGUUGAGCAUGAUAAACCUUUUUCUUCUACCGUGCGAGCACAAAGCACUCAUUUUUGAUGUACUAACCUGAAAACCCUCUGAACCCGGUCUUUUUCGUAAAUGGUCAGAAUGUCCUCAAUAUGUAUGAGGUACAACACUUCUGAUUUUGUGAUAGCUUCCAAUAGAACCUCCAAACCCGUAAUUCCCUCACAGCACACAGUUGAUGUUAAGAUUCAGUGCUUCACUCAAAUCUGGAGGGAAUACACCUUCACCUUCCAGGAGUUAGUUGUUCUUCAAGAUUUGCAAAAUGAACAAAACAAUUCCAUGCAGGUUUGAAUUUGUAUAAUUGUUCAUUUUAAUGUGUUUUGACCUCUUUGAUCUCCCUCCUUUGAUUGUUACAUACUGGUGCACAGUGAGAUGAAGAAAAGCACUGACAUUGAUAUUUAAUAAAUGUUGUUGAGUCAGUCUUUUUAAACUGGUCUGCAAUGUUUUGUCAUACAAUAGCCCUUCAUGUUUAACAACAAACACACUGACUGCACUGUACAUAGGCAUGUUUUAGGAACAUUACAGUGUUUUCAGAUGAUCCUAUUCAAACUGGAAUAUUUAACGUGUUUAAAAUAAACAAGACAGAAAGAAAAAUAUGAGAAAAACCCAUCAGCACAAAGCAUCUGUUUUUGGAGAAACCAAACACGUGUGCAUAAAUGGGGUGCACUUCACAACAUUACAAAACUUAAUGAUUUAAAAAAUAAAUAAUAAAUUCUAUUUUGAACUAUCAAGAUGUCAAAGAAAAUGUUUUUGACAUUGUUAUAUGGAAUCAAUUAUGUGAAGUGUCAAACGUUCACAGAAAAACAACUGGAUUAUUCUGUGAAGAGUUUUGGAAACUAAACCUGGUAAUUAUACAACUCAUAACAAUGUUCCUUCACUUCAUAUGAUUUCUAUUUGUUUUUGUUUUUUUAGAGUCUCAUCUGUGUGUGUGGGUCAUUCACAGAAACAGCCUCUCUUUAAUAUGACCUCUCCAUGUACAGUUUUAAGAGAACCUUUUUUUGUAAGUGUUUAGUGCGUGUGUGCGUGUGUGUGUGUGUGUGUGUGUGUGUGUGUGUGUGUGUGUGUGUGUGUGUGUGUGUGUGUGUGUGUGUAUGUGUGUGCUAUGCUCCGUCCACAUGCUGGCCCUUUUUUGAGCUGCACUGUGCAGAUCUCAGUACUGACAUAGAGCUGACAUGUGCCUGGUUCUGGCGACAGGUUUAAUUUUCAUUAUUCCUUUAGAAAAAGUUAGAAACAUUCACAUUUUACACAAUUUGACCACAAGCGUGAUGAGAAAAGACCACUCUGUAGGAGGUAUAUGUUCUGAUGGAUCUACACAGCAUACCUGUGUGUUAGGAACAGAAUGCACGUCAUACUGUAGGUCAGGCUAUUUCACUUAUUUUAAACUGUUAAUGGCCACUAAAACAAUAACCAACCUGGCAACCCCACAGUGACAAUGUGAGACAUGCUGCUGAUCGUCAAAAUAUCCUGUAGUCCCGGAAUGUAACACCUUGAGAAAUUGAUGUGUUUACAUUUCUUUGUACAGACCAAUCAAACAUGUCCAUCAGUGAGUUCAAUAGCUUUUUUUAUUUUUUGGACUAAGAGCCAUAUUCUCAUCUGACUUCCCUAGAGAAAGGGAAUAAGCGUUGUUCAUAAUGUUGGCUUGUGUAUGUGGAGCCACUAUUUAUACAAUUUAUUAUGCCGAACUACAGCACAUUAAGAGAAAGAAGACAGUAGUUUCACAGUAUUUUACAGACUGAAGGUUAUCGUUAAUUUUCAGAAUCCAGUAUUUCAGCUUUAUGAAGUACCUAUCCCCUGUACUGCACUCUUCCUGUCUGCCUGACCAUGAGAAGCCCAAAAACCUCUCUUCUCUGUGAAAAAGGACUUUAAAAUAUAUUCUCUGGACACUUUUUGAUCCCACACACAUCACAGGGUCUGUUAGAUUCCUCUCUUCCCCGUCCUUACCGCUGUGAUCUCAUAUGUUAUGUUUUUCUGUAUAAAUGUAUAUUUGAUAGUAUACCUGUGAAUGAUGUAUCCGUUUAAAUUAUUUGUAAUACUGUCAUUGGUUUAUUUUGUUAAGAAAAACAAGAAAAAUGAAAAGAAAAGAAAACAACAAAAUGAGUUUUUUAGCUGCUGUCUUCAAUAAAAAACUAAAGCA